UUCAGACUGAAAAUAAUCCCGCCAUUUGUGCGGUGAAAAUUCAAGUAUCACAGCCGUGGACUGCACCGCUCAGAAGACGAAGACGCGCGAUGUUACACGCAUUCAGGUAUUGUGCGUAUGUGGAUCAAUUUAAGGCAGGAGGUGAGAAAAUAAUGGUUACUGCUUCAAACUUGGAUUUGCGGACCAGCAACCAACCUGCGAAGUCCAUCGCCGACCGGAUAAGACCCCACAGCUGAAACCGCGUGAAAGAAAACGUGGAAUAUGGUCCGCUUCCCAAUGAAUUUUGUGAGCUUUUUGAUAUUCCCAGUCAUAUUGUUUGACAAAUUUUGCCUCCCGGAUAAACGAUAUGAGAGGUCAGCGGUACCGCAAGCGGCGUCUCGCGCCGUGGCCCGCAUGGACGGUGACAUAAUCAUAGGAGCCCUGUUUUCCGUUCACCACCAGCCCGCCGCCGAAAAGGUAGCCGAGAGGAAAUGCGGCGAGGUCAGGGAGCAGUACGGCAUUCAGAGGGUGGAGGCGAUGUUUCAUGCGCUGGACCUGAUCAAUUCCAAUCCCGAGCUCCUGCCUAACAUCACUCUGGGCUGCGAGAUCAGGGACUCGUGCUGGCACUCGUCAGUGGCCUUGGAGCAAAGCAUCGAGUUCAUCAGGGACUCGCUCAUUUCAAUACGGGACGACAGGGACGGGUCCAAAUGGUGUAUUGAUGGGCCACCUUCGGAUCAACCUCCGGCGACAAAGAAACCAAUCGCUGGAGUAAUUGGACCGGGAUCAAGCUCGGUCGCGAUUCAAGUUCAAAACUUACUCCAGCUUUUCAACAUUCCCCAGAUAGCAUACUCCGCCACCAGUAUCGAUCUGAGCGACAAAACCCUUUUCAAGUACUUCCUGAGAGUGGUGCCCUCCGACACGCUUCAGGCGAGGGCACUCUUGGAUAUAGUCAAACGCUACAACUGGACGUACGUGUCUGCAGUGCACACCGAGGGGAACUAUGGAGAGAGCGGGAUGGAGGCGUUCAAGGAGCUGGCUGCACAGGAAGGCCUGUGCAUCGCGCACUCGGAUAAGAUCUACAGCAACGCCGGGGAGAAACACUUCGACCGGCUGCUGCGGAAGCUGCGGGAGCGCCUGCCCAAGGCCCGCGUUGUGGUCUGCUUCUGCGAGGGCAUGACCGUGCGCGGGCUCCUCAUGGCCAUGCGCAGGCUGGGCGUGGCCGGAGAGUUCCUCCUCAUCGGCAGCGACGGCUGGGCAGACAGGGACGAGGUGGUGGAGGGGUACGAGCAGGAAGCCGUGGGCGGUAUCACCGUCAAGCUGCAGUCGGCCGAGGUCACCUCCUUCAACGACUACUUCCUGAAACUGCGGCUGAACACCAACGCCAGGAACCCCUGGUUCGCCGAGUUCUGGCAGCAUCGCUUCCAGUGCCGGAUUCCUGGGCACCCGCAGGAGAACACCAACUUCAGGAAAAACUGCUCAGGUGAUCUAGAGCUCCAAGAGGGGUACGAGAGCCUGGAGGAGAACUACGUCCAGGACAGUAAGAUGGGCUUCGUCAUCAACGCCAUUUACGCCAUGGCACACGGGCUGCACGACAUGCACCGCAUCCUCUGCCCCAAUCACGUGGGCCUCUGCGACGCCAUGAACCCCGUGGACGGCAGCAAGCUGCUCGACUUCCUGCUCAAGACCUCCUUCACGGGCGUGUCUGGGGAGGACGUGUGGUUCGAUGAGAACGGGGACUCGCCCGGCAGGUACGACAUCAUGAACCUGCAGUACGUGGAGGCGGAUCAAUACGACUACAUAAACGUGGGCUCGUGGCAUGAGGGCAUGCUGACCAUCGACGACGACGCCAUCCAGAUGAACCGCAGCGAGAUGGUGCGGUCAGUCUGCAGCGAGCCCUGCUCCAAGGGCCAGAUCAAGGUGAUCAGGAAGGGGGAAGUGAGCUGCUGCUGGAUCUGCACCACCUGCAAGGACAACGAGAUCGUUCAGGACGAGUUCACCUGCAAAGCCUGUGACCUGGGCUGGUGGCCAGACGAGGAGCUAGAAGGCUGCGAGCCCAUCCCUCUGAAAUACCUGCAGUGGAGCGACCCGGAGUCCAUCGUGGCUGUGGUCUUCUCCUGCCUGGGCAUCCUCGUCACCAUGUUCGUCACCUUCAUCUUUGUGCUGUACCGGGACACGCCCGUGGUCAAGUCCUCCAGCCGCGAGCUCUGCUACAUCAUCCUGGCGGGCAUCUUCCUGGGCUACAUCUGCCCCUUCACCCUCCUGGCCAGGCCCAGCGUGACCUCCUGCUACCUGCAGCGCCUCCUGGUGGGCCUCUCCUCCGCCAUGUGCUACUCCGCCCUGGUGACCAAGACCAACCGGAUCGCCCGGAUUUUGGCGGGAAGCAAGAAGAAGAUCUGCACCAGGAAGCCCCGCUUCAUGAGCGCCUGGGCCCAGGUGGUGAUCGCCUCUAUCCUGAUUGGCCUGCAGCUCACCCUGGAGGUGACCCUGAUCGUGCUGGAGCCGCCCGAGCCUAUCCGGGCGUACCCCAGCAUCCGGGAGGUCUUCCUCAUCUGCAACACUAGCAACGUCGGGGUGGUGGCACCACUGGGCUACAAUGGCCUCCUCAUCCUUAGCUGCACCUACUACGCCUUCAAGACGCGCAACGUGCCGGCCAACUUCAACGAGGCCAAGUACAUCGCCUUCACCAUGUACACCACCUGCAUCAUCUGGCUGGCCUUCGUGCCCAUCUACUUCGGCAGCAACUACAAGAUCAUCACCACCUCCUUCUCCGUCAGCCUGAGCGUCACCGUGGCGCUGGGCUGCAUGUUCACGCCGAAGAUGUACAUCAUCAUCGCCAAGCCCGAGCGCAACGUGCGCAGCGCCUUCACCACCUCCGACGUGGUGCGCAUGCACGUCGGCGACGGCAAGAUCACCUGCAGGACCAACGGCCUGCUCAACAUGUUCCGCAGGAAGAAGAGCGCCCCCGGCAAUGCCAGUUCUAAUGGAAAGUCUGUGUCCUGGUCUGAAGCAGGUGGGAAACAGCCUCCACAGGGGGAACAAAUGUGGAACAGGUUGUCUGUACAUGUGAGGAGGCCGGAGGUGGGCUCCAAUCAGACGGCUGUCAUCAAACCCCUAACUGAAACCCAACAAAACACGAGCGUGCACUAUUCAGACCUCACUGAGACCGGGCCCGGCACGGGCCUGCACUAUUCCGACUUCACCGAAGCCCCGAGCAGCACGGACCUGUGCUACUCGGACCUGGCCGAGACGCAGGACGAGGCGGGCCUGUGCUUCUCGGACCCGCCCGACUCCCAGCCCGAGACCGAGCUGCUCUUUUCGGACUUCACCGACGCCCAGCACGACGCGUGCCUGAAGUAUUCAGACGUCAGCCCCAAAGCGCUGUACGGGGGGGCGGUGGAGGGGGAGAAGGGCACCCGCCCCACCUACAGCAGGCCCGCCAGCCCCCCCGUGGUGGCCCGCCGGCCCGGCAGCGCCUCGUCCAAAGAGGGCGAGAGGCUGCUGGGGUUCUCGCAGGAGGUCUUCCAGAACAGCGUCCUCCCCCAGCAGGUCGUCAUGGACCACCUCCAGGAGGUCGUGGACACCUUCGGCUCCGCCCUCCCGGACCUCCGGGACGUGAUUCCCCUCCAGGGCCUGGGGGGCGGGGCCAAGAGCCCCCUCCAGCCCCGCCUCCUCCUGCCGCUGGGCCUCCCCAUACAGGCCGGGCCCCUCGGCGACGAGCCCCUGACCCCCUCCGAGGAGUCCCGGGGUGGGGGGUUCAGCCUGGUGCACGGGUACGUGUUCGACAGCGCCCGUAUCCACGGCGAGGAAGAGGAGGACGAGGAUGAGGACGAGGAGGAGGAGGAGAGGGCCGGCUCCAAGCUGGGCCUGGACGACUCCCCCGCCAUCAUGCCCCCGACCCCCUUCAGAGACUCGCUGGGCUCGGGCGCCUUUGCCCCCAGCUCCCCCGUGUCCGAAUCGGUGCUCUGCACACCGCCCAGCAUGACCUACGCGGCUGUCAUCCUGCGAGACUACAAGCAGAGUUCGUCCACGCUGUGAGGGGCGGGGCCUGCAAGGGCGGGGCCUGCGAGGGUGGAGCUGGCAGGACGGGGCAGCUGGGGGAGGCGCCGCCACCUCACUGAGUUUACAGUUCUGCUCGCCAUUUGUUUUUGCCUCAUUUCCACACCCAUAAGCAAUGGCAAAAAAUAAUAAUAAUUCCCAAAAGCGGUUGGAAUGUCCGGUCGUCGUGAUUCUUUUUCCGGGGCUACCGUCUGCCAGCCUUCUUUUGGUAAACUUUGAAAUGAUGAAGCAAAAAAAAAAAACAACAACAACAACAACAAAGAACAAAAAAAAAGGAAGAAGAAAAAAGUGGUUGUGUUUCCCGAGUGGAUGUAUGGAUGUAUGGUUUAAACAGACGUGGGUAUGUUUGUGUUUGCAUUUGCGUGAGAGAGAAGAAAGAGGAGAGCCGGCAUUGUGAUGAUGGUUCUGAAGCCAAGCUCCUGGUCCGAGGGCCUGUGAGACAAUCAAGUGCAGAACAAAAGCCCAAAGCUAUCCUCUGUGUGUGUGAGAGAGGGACAAAAACAAACUGCGGAAAAGUACUGUGUCUUAGACAGCACUGAUGUAUGCACUGUACCGUACUGCUCCAUGUGUGCUGUGGGGGGAUGUUUAGAUUUGCGCUGUAAGUAAAUAUUAGUCUUUGCCAAGAGACACUGCAUUGAAAACUGCUGUCACUGCUAUCAGUGUGACAAACCGCAAUAAAUGCAAGCGCAUGCAGCGUAAUGCUGCGUCGUCACAGAAAUGAACCAAUCACCUGUGUCCAAGGCAUCCUGGGGGUCUAUCAGAGCAAAUUUCAGUUUCACCACACACUUACUGCUGACAAGUACAUAACACCGGAGCUUAGCCCUUUCGCGCGUACGGUCAAACAGGUGUGAUCAUGCUAGAGUGGUCCCUACAGCGUACGGCCAAACCAGUGUGAUUAGAACACUAGGUUAGAAUGGGUAUUUACAACUGACACAACAAAACAACAUUCAUUCUAAACCCACUGCUUUUUUAAAUAAAAACAUUCCAGAAAUGCAAAAUGAUUAUUUAUUUUUCAAUGCAGAUUCACGUCAGUUGCAACAUAAGCGGCAUAACACAGUUCUGACUCCCAAAUCGGAAAAAUUCUAGCUAACGUUAGCUUUGUGGAAACAAUGAUUUAACUUUAGAAAGUAUGAAAGCAUUCAAGUAUGCGUUGAAAAGUAUGAGAAGCUAAUGAAACGCUAAUGAAAACAUGUAAUGUAACACGUGCGCUACAUAGCAUAAAAUAAGUCAUGCUGAGGGGCAUUUGAAAAUAUUUUAGAACGUAUGUGCAAAAGGGUUAAAAAGGGAUGGAGAGCUGGGUUCUAGGUUUAAAGGACAUGGUUUGGAAUGCUUGGUCAUGAGUACAGGUUCUCAAUACAUGUAUGGCAUUUUGGUUUUUUUAAAACACCUUAUGUUUUUUUUCUGGGCAAAAAGUCCAUAGGUAUUUCAGAAUGACCUCAGUGAAAGUGUUUAGUUGGCCAUACCGUGCACAUACUCAGUCAACGGCUUUCGCUAAGUUGCACUGUAAACGGUGCAGUGUGCGUGGUACAUCCAUACGCCUUUCCCUGGGUUUGCGUUCAGAAACACUGUAAGUGCCCUUGAAUCGCUCUGUAUACCAGUGCUGACACGUGGGACUGAGAUCAAGGAGACAGAAAUGUUAAUUUGAUCAUUGCUUUUCAACCUGUUUUCCUCCGAUUGGCUUGAUUAGCAAGUGUUCCAACUAAGUGAGUAACCUGUGCCCACUGUGACUGCUCUGAUUGCAAUCUUCUUUUCUUUGCACCACAUCAAAGUGUUUAAAUAAGACAGAGAUCAGCUCUGUAAAGUCAAAUUAGUCAGUGCAAAGACAAUGCUUAAAUCAAGUUAAAUGAAUAAAUCAGACGGUAAUCCCACAGUAUAACCCUCAAUCUUUUAGGGCAAGAACCAGAGGGGUCACAUAUUCACCUGUGCAAAAACAAUAUAGACAGGAUCAAAUAGCAGGCGGUGUAGUGGUCCAGUUUACUUUUUUUACCAUCAGGGCCAACUCCAAUUUUUUGAGGAUGCUUCUGAGACCGCCAUCCGCUACCCCCGCCCUCCCCCCAACCCCUGCCUCUCGGUUUUAGAUACUAUGGUUCAUCAGUUUUCUCUUUCCAAAACAGCUUGUAUGCUAGCUUUCCGCUCACUCUCAAACAGUCUCCCUUACUGUGGCUGGCUAACUCACAUAAUGACAACAACAUUAAGUGGUGCUAUGCACAUGUAGGCCGCACUAGUUUUUGAUGGUGGAAGGGGAGCUGUUGUGGAGGUAGACACAACACAAUAUGCCACUUUUAGCUCAUGAAAGAUGAAAAAAAAUAACGCAAGAUCAUGCUGGGGGAGGUAGUUACUUUUAGCCUAUAACAGGCUAAAGGCCGUUUUUACAUAGCUCAUGGUUCAUCGUAGUCAUGGUUACGGUUGGUGUUGGGAGAGCUGAUCCCAGGUCAGUUGUCAAUGGCAGCCCAGUCUGUCAUGCACUUUCAAUCCAAUUUAUACACUAUUCAAUCAUAUUCAAUCAAAAAUAAUUCUACCAACAUAGAAAACAGCAUUGCCCUGACAACAACAUGAGCCACAGCAUGGUUUAUUUGCUUUGCAAACGGCCUUUGACAGAGAGACAGG